AUGCCAGUUCCCCCGUUCGACCGAUUCCCUGAUCACCGCAUGACCACCUCGCCCACCGAGCGCGAUGGCGAUGCGGCCACGUAUCGGCGCGAGCGGGCCGGCAACAUCGCAUUAUCGCUUCCUCUCGCUCAGUAUCGCUUCGCCGUCGCUUGGGGAGGCCGCGUUUCAGUGAGUAGAUUCACUCUCGAAAGCCAGAAUAAUAUGGCCAACAUGAGCAGCAGGCAAAACAGAGAAAAAUUAAUUGACGAAGUGAAAAAAUACCCAGUUCUCUACGACACGAGACACGAAAACCAUAGAGAUAUAGACAUAAGGGAUCGCUGCUGGCUGGAGAUAUCCGAAAAGCUCGGAGCGAACAGCGAAGUGUUAAAGAGGGAAUGGAAGAUCCUGCGGGACUCGAUGCGGCAGGCGCUGAAGCGGACCAAGCGCGGGAUGACUACGAAGGCAGGCGUGCCUUGCAAGAAGUGGCGCUUCGAGAGCCGCAUGGCCUUCAUACUACCCUACAUGACCAUAAGGAGAAACCACAGACAAGUGAAGGACAACGACAUCGACGUCAAAAUGGACGAAGUGGAGGAGCCCACAACCCACCAAUCAGAGGAGGAGUCCGAGGUGUGGGAUCCGGGCCACCAGGGGGCUGACCAGGACUCUCUUGAUCUAUUCUUCGCGAGCGUAUGCCAAAGCACGAAACGAUUACCAAAGAAAUUCCAGAACACAAUAAAGAGACAAGUUUUGGAUGUCCUACUGAGGGUAGAGGACGAAUUUGAAAGCGAACAAGUCGCAAACAAAAUGGCGGAUCAGAAAAAUUUCUAGAUGGUCAUGAGCAUCGGCUAAAACGCAGAUCCGAAGGGGUCACUCCUACCCCGAGUGUUAAUUUAAACGGUGCAAAUGAAUGCCCCGCUAACUCCAUUAAGGGUUGAUUUAUUUGAACAUCUAGAUACUUUACUGGAAAAAUCUACUCAGAGUUAAUAUAAUUUAUUGACGGACUUUAUGAGAGUUUGCGCAUUACGGAUUCCUGUUUCGUACAAGGAAUGGUUUUUGUUGAUUUAUUUAUUUGAAAUUGCGAAUAAAUUUGAAGAAGACGCGUAUG